UUAUCUGCUGCAAUCGUAUGCCAUAGGUCUCACAGCACCAUUUCUGCGGAAGCACUUUCUGCAAAGUGCUCAAGGUCACUGCCGUCCGCUAAGGAUAUCACCAACAUUCCAACGCCAUUAAUUUCAGCAGUAUAGCAUGCUAUAGGCCUCACAAAAUGCUAUGUCAUAACUUUGGACCAUCAAACCCUAUGCCACUACUGAACCUCCACGUCCGUUGUAAGACACUCUUGUCGUCUUUCCGGCACGUGGAGGUCUCGCGACGUGCCUCCGUGAGCAGGAGUUCGACGCACGGACACUUAUGCAGCACCAAAUGGCUUCUUGCAAGAUAAAAGUGUCGCUUGAUUUCGCGGUCCCCCAAAAGAACUCUCAAUUAUUGAGAACACCAUGGCUGCAGAACUGACCAUACAAGCUCCGCCCCGCGAGCUCGACGCCAUCGAAUUGAUUGACAACUCUCUUGUCUUUCCCGCCUUCACCGCACAGACGGCCUGGAGCCUGGGUGCUGCCCUUCGCACGAAGCUGCUGGCCUUUCCCAAGCCCACAGUGAUAGAUAUCAGCUUGGCUCACGGCAUGCACUGCCUCUUCCACGCAGUAACCCACUCAGGCACUACGCCGGACAAUGACACGUGGGUGAGCCGGAAACGUAAUACUGUACUUAGAUGGGGCAACAGUACCUGGUAUAUGCAUAAUAAAUAUGCUGGAGAUGAAGCUGCGUUCCAAGCCAAGUUCAGCCUAGGAAGUACCGCGGGUAGCUAUGCUAUACAUGGCGGGGGAUGGCCGGUGAGGGUGCGAGGGGUAGAGGGUAUAGUGGCAGUCGUGGUGGUGUCAGGGCUGAAGCAGGAUCAAGAUCACGGCAUCAUUGUGCAGACCGUCAGCGAAAUGCUCGAGGAGAUGGGCGCGGAGAUAGGUGAGAAGAAAAAGGAAGAUUGAGCGGGCAGCAUGCAACGAACGACCCGCUAUGUGGCUCGGAUUCCCCAACCAUGGUGCAUCAUGUUGUUUGCGGAUUGCACAGUGAAGCUUUUACUGGCGAAUGUCGGGAGACGAGACAGCAUCCGAGAUAAUGUAACCGCCCCCGUUACACACACGAGUACCAGACUCCAAAGACGGCUUCAGGCAGUGUGCAGCACGCCGAGCCAUAUUUGUCACUAUACCGGAGCCAUUGUAGGCAUAAGGGGCACCGAG